AUGAUUCCGUAUAAUAAUCGCUAUACAAAGUCAUAUUUAUUUCUUGCCAAACUCAUAUCUGAUGAUUACCAUAUCACAGAGGUCAACCGUGUUGAACUUAUUUCAACAUUCCUGUUUUACAAAGAAUAUGGAAUUAAAUUAGACAAAUCUGCCGAUUUUGAAGAAGAUUAUUCAGAAAAUCUUGAAAUUCAUACAGGGGAUACAAUUUACAGGGCAAUUAUGCAUAAUGACCUUGAAAGAUUCAUAUACUUCACUGAAAGAGAUGAAUUUGAUAAAGAUCAAAUACUUAAAAGCAGAUUAUACCCAUAUUCUUUUGAAGGAUAUUCCUUACUUGAAUUAUGUUGUUACCACGGAGCAGUUGAUUGUUUCAAGCUAUUAAGAUCUAAAUUUAAGUCAGAAAUAACUCAAAAAUGUUUACAAUUUUCUUUUUUAGGACGAAAUCAAGAGAUCAUGAGUGAAUGUUUGAAAUAUCAAACACCAGAUAAUGAAUGCAUGAGUUAUGCGAUUAUUUCGCACAACAUUGAUUUUGUUACAUUCUUGAUGAAUGAAUACAAUAUCAUGAUCGAUUUAGAAUCCAUUGGAUAUUACAGUAAUCUUGAAGCAUUUUUAGUUUAUUUCGAUCAAACUAAUGAUAUAAACAAAUGUUUUGUUUAUUCACCGAUUUUUAAUAUUCCAUCCCUUUUGGAAUACUUUCUUUCACAUGGUGCGAAUAUCAAUGAAAAAAAUGAAAAUGGAAAAACCGCUCUUCAUAUGGCAGCAAUGAAAAACACUAAAGAAACUGCAGAAUUUCUUAUUUCACAUGGUGCAAAUAUCAAUGAAAAAGAUACAUAUGGAAGAACCGCACUUCAUAUGGCAGCUCUGAAUAAUAGUAAAGAAACUGCAGAAGUUCUCAUUUCACAUGGUAUAAAUGUCAAUGAAAAAAAUAAAGGUGGAGAAACAGCACUUCAUAAUGCAGUUCUGAGUAAUAGUAAAGAAACUGCAGAAGUUCUGAUUUCACAUGGUGCAAAUAUCAAUGAGAAAACUAAAUAUGGAGAAACCGCUCUUCAUUUUGCAGCUCGGAAUACUAGUAAAGAAACAGCUGAACUCCUUAUUUCUCAUGGUGGAAAUAUCAAUGAAAAAGAUGGAGAUGGAAAAACCGCUCUUCAUGAAGCAGCAGGAUUUAAUUGUAAAAGAACAGCUGAACUUCUUAUUUCACAUGGUGCAAAUAUCAAUGAAAAAGAUGGAGAAGGAAAAACUGCUCUUAAUAUUGCCAUUGAUGCGAAUCAUAAAGAAAUGGCUGAAUUUCUUAUUUCACAUGGUGCUAAAAAAUAA